AGAUGGCGCCGCCCAGGAACCCCUCUAAGAGAGCAGGAAUGAGCUAACAGUCUGAGUCUCCCAACCCUCAGCCCGAGGGUUUCGGCUGGAGGCAGAGGUGUGGUUCCAGGCCCCCGUGGCCGCGGCGCGGCGCCGCGGGCACAGCUGCCCUGUCCUGCCCCCUCCCCCUGAGCGUCUCGGCCAGCUUAGAACUUCCUCUUUUUGCCCCCUUUCUACUCCGCUUCCUCUCUUCUCUACCGCUCAGCCCAGCCGAGGUGACGAACCAAUCCUCCCUCUUCAGCCGCCUUCUCCUGAGCUUGGACUAAGAGCCCGACCCUAGGGUUAUCUGGUACGGCUCGCCCCCCUUCUGCCGAGUCCAGCCACCUUCGAGCUUGCCCACUUGUGCAGACCUCAGGGGCUACGGAGAAAGGAGGAACCGUGAGGAAAUUGAAAUCCCAGGAGUUGAAAAAAAUGGGAGAUGAUGAGAAACAGUUAGAAAUAGAAAGAAGAGAAGAAACAACUCUCCAGCUACAGGAACCUAAUGCCAGCACUCAGUGCAAUGGUGAUACUGUCAUGGAGUGCUCUAAGUCUACUCCUUGUGGAUGGCAAAGAAUUGUGAAACAAAGAUUAUCUGGGAAAACUGCUGGAAAAUAUGAUGUUUAUUUUAUCAGCCCUGAAGGAGUGAAGCUCAGAUCCAAAAAUGUACUUGCAUGUUACCUGCACAAAAGUGGAGAGACUUCUCUUACGCCAGAAGACUUUGACUUCCGGGCCCCUCCCAAGAGUAACCUUCCAUCAGAACCCCCACAUCUCAGCGUGGAAGCUCUGGCAACACAGCUCCAGGUGGAGGAGAGGGGCCUGAGCCCAAAGCCUAAGCUUAGGAGGCCUCGAAGGGAAGAGAAAGAUGCGCCUCCUCCCCCAUGUAGGGCUUCACAGGUGCAAGACCAGAAUAGUGAACCGUCUUGCUUCACUUCCAACCACAGGCUCCAAGAAGGGGCUGAUGUCAUUGACUCUCAGAAGCUGCAAACGCCUGCAGGAAAGGUAGCGACUACAAAAGGGAGUCAUGGUAAGGAAGCUAAGAAACGGGGUCAGAAGGGUCAUUCCGCUUGCACUCAAAGGCAGAAAAAGGCAGCAUCUACUAAGGAAGCUAUUUCCAUCGCACAGGAUGAUCACCUUGAGAGACCCCUGUGCCGUUCUGCUGACCAGACGAGUGAUGAGAAUGUAAAGGUGAUUGCUGAAGAAGGAAAAGAACUGAUAAAUAAAGUGUUUGCUUCAGGCUCACAUUCCCAAACACAGACUGCACAAGGAGCUUCUUGUACAGAAAAUACACUAUGUGCCAAUGAAGUUUCAGAAUAUAAAGAAAAGAGUGGGCGGACUUCUGUGGGAUCUGAAAGGACCUUUAUAGAAACUGGGGAAAAGAAGGAGCAUUUGCCUGCUGACAUUUUAAAAUGUAAUUCUGAAAGAGACAGCCGCAGCUCCCUGGAAGAAGAAGACUUGACUUCGGUGACAACAUUUCAAGAAAACACCAUCCAACGACCACAAGUGGAGAGAAGGAAAACCAGCCAGUACUUUUCCAACAAAUACAAUAAAGAAGCCCUUAGUCCACCUCGACGGAAACUCUUUAAAAAGUGGACUCCACCUCGGUCCCCUUUUAAUCUUGUCCAAGAAACACUCUUUCAUGACCCCUGGAAGCUCCUCAUCGCUACCAUAUUCCUCAAUAGGACUUCGGGCAAGAUGGCAAUACCUGUGCUCUGGGAGUUCCUGGAGAAGUACCCUUCGGCUGAGGUGGCGAGAGCCGCAGACUGGAGGGAGGUAUCAGAACUCCUCAAGCCGCUCGGCCUGUACGACCUUAGAGCCAAAACAAUCAUCAAAUUCUCAGAUGAAUACCUGACUAAACAGUGGAGGUACCCAAUCGAACUGCAUGGCAUUGGAAAAUACGGCAAUGACUCCUACAGAAUUUUUUGUGUCAACGAAUGGAAGCAGGUUCAUCCUGAAGACCAUAAGUUAAAUAAAUAUCACGACUGGCUCUGGGAAAAUCAUGAAAAACUAAGUCUUAGUUGAAAAGCCAUAAUGUUUUAAACUAGAUUUCUGCCUGUAUCAGGCCUCCCUUUCUGAGGAGCAUGGACUCAUCACAGCCACUCAUCACACUCUCUGCCUGUGCAGAUUCAAAUCACAGCAAACAGGGAUGAAACCAAGUUAUCCACAUUUUAUUCAAUAAUAGCCAUGGUCUCCAUUGCAUUUGGAACCAGAUGUGCCAGAAAAAUGCUUUGAUACUUUUUAAAAUAAAUAGUGAGCAAAUCCAACUUGUUUUUUAUAGGAGUUGUUUUGUUUUGUUUUUUUCUCCUUGAAGUAUGCAGUGCCUUCCAGGGCUGAUUUUGUCUAAGUUUGCAAGAUGCGUAAAAUUGAGACCCGGAGAUGGACCCCCACCUCCAUGUCCCUUUUGGGUUGUGGAAUUUCAGAGCCCACAGCUCCCACGGCUUCAUGUCAAAACCAGAAAACUUUCUGCACAAGCUGACUGAAACCAGAAUUCCAGAGCGGGGAAACCUCUGAUCCCUGUCGCAAUUCAAAUACCCUGAAAAUAGGGAACAAAAUGUGCCUAUUGGUCAUUUAUAUUCAUGUGUACGUAUGCGUCUUAGUGUAAAUGGCCUUGAAUAGAUUCUAAGGGGUCCAGUGAUUCUUUACAUAGCCCAGUAAGCAUAGAUUUAGUGUGAACUAAUAGGGGAAAUAAAGAAUGCCAAGGCCCUUGGUAAAACCCCUACAGUCUUGGGGAAGCAGCCCUACCCUGAAGUCCUUAUGCUUCCAUAUGGUCACAUUAUA